CUGCGAUUCGCCGCCCACUGCGCUACACUUUUUUUUGGUCCGCACUUCUUUCAGAACAUUUAUAUAUAUACUUAUAUAUAUAUAUAUAUUCUUCAUAUAUAUUCGUAUUCGCUGAGAGCUGAAUUUCGCGGCGAAAUAAUUUUAGCAACUUGUUAUCCGUCCAUGCCAUGCGCGAUAAAAUAUCACAACUAUUUUGCUUGCAAAAGAACGCAUGCAAAAAUAAUUCAACAGAUAAUAACAGAGGACAUAAUGUGCCAACAAAAGCAACGAGCAACGGGACCAUGUGCGCCAAUGGGUCUCUUGGGACAGAAGGGCCCGAAGCGCCAGAGACCGACUCAUCAGGGACCGGGCGGAUGCGGAAGCCGCUGGAGAGGAAUGGCUCAACGCAGAACCACGCUGUUCACCUCGAGAGAAGGCUGGGCCUCUUCAGUGGGGUGGCUUUAAUUGUUGGAACUAUGAUAGGGUCUGGAAUUUUUGUGUCACCCUCCGGUUUACUGGUUCGCACUGGUUCCGUUGGAGUUAGCUUUAUAAUCUGGCUUGCCUGUGGUGUGCUCUCUCUGCUGGGCGCUCUGGCAUACGCUGAACUUGGCACGAUGAACACGUCGUCGGGUGCGGAAUGGGCCUACUUUAUGGAUGCCUAUGGACCGGCGCCGGCGUUUCUGUUCUCAUGGGUAUCGACUUUGGUGUUGAAGCCAUCUCAAAUGGCUAUAAUAUGCUUAUCAUUUGCACAGUACGCCGUUGAGGCCUUUGUGACGGAAUGCGAUCCGCCCAGGGGCGUGGUCAAGAUGGUCGCCCUGGUGGCAAUUGUGAUGAUCCUGUUCGUGAACUGCUACAGCGUCAACCUGGGAAUGACCGUGCAGAACGUGUUCACCGCCGCCAAACUGGUGGCCGUGGUGGUCGUCAUCUGCGGCGGAGCCUGGAAACUGAUGCAGGGCAACACGCAGCACCUGUCGAAUGCAUUUAAUGGCCCAAUGCCCAAUGUGGGCGCCAUCGCCACGGCCUUCUACACGGGUCUGUGGGCCUACGAUGGCUGGAACAACCUGAACUACGUAACCGAGGAGAUCAAGAAUCCCAGCAAGAAUCUGCCGCGCUCGAUCAUCAUCGGCAUACCGCUGGUCACGCUCUGCUAUGCGCUGAUCAACAUCUCCUAUCUGGCGGCCAUGUCGCCGCAGGAGAUGAUCGAGUCGGAGGCGGUGGCCGUCACCUUCGGCAACCGCAUCCUGGGCGCGCUCGCCUGGCUGAUGCCACUCAGCGUCACCAUCAGCACCUUUGGCAGCGCCAAUGGAACGCUCUUCGCAGCUGGACGUCUGUGCUUUGCGGCCAGUCGAGAGGGUCAUCUGCUGGAUAUCCUCUCCUAUGUCCAUGUGCGUCGCCUCACACCUGCUCCGGGGCUGAUAUUCCACUCGCUGAUUGCCUCGGCAAUGGUGCUCCAUGGCACAAUUGAUUCGCUGAUUGAUUUCUUCAGCUUCACCGCCUGGAUAUUCUACGGCGGAGCGAUGCUGGCCCUGAUCGUGAUGCGCUACACCAAACCCAACUAUCCUCGGCCCUACAAGGUGCCGAUCAUCAUUCCCGUUGUGGUCUUGGUCAUCUCCGUGUAUCUCGUGGCGGCACCCAUAUUCGAGACCCCGCGCGUUGAGUAUCUCUAUGCCCUGCUCUUCAUAUUCGCGGGCCUGAUCUUCUAUGUGCCGUUCGUCAAGCUCGGAAUGACGCCGAGGUUUAUGAACAAGGUGACGCUAUUCUUCCAGCUGCUGCUGGAGGUGGUGCCCACCUCAUCGAUGGCCAUGUUCGAGUGAAGGGGAUCCCCGGCAAGUGCUCAAGAUUUUGAAAGGGAGGCCAACAGCUCGGAGAGCGAGAAGCAAAUACAUUCACUUAAUUACUAUACAAGCAAGGAUAUGAUAUAUAAGGAGUGCAGCAUAGACAGGAUGCAAAACGGGGUUGAGAGUGUUGUUAGGAGCAACCUAUAUUGAUAUACUGACGUUGUCGUUGACAAAGUAGUGCUAGAGUAACAAAAACUAUUUGAAAUAGUCUUUUUAUGCUAUGAGCUGGUUAUAUUCAAAGAUUAUAUGUGAAUAUACAGAUAUUUAGUGUGGAUACAUAGGUUUGUAUCCUUAUGUAGCGCGCAUAGGCCAAGUUGCAUAGUCGAUACGUACGUACGUUUAUACAAAACAAAGCAAAUCUAUAUAUACAUAUAUUUUUGUGUUCUAUUAAUUAAAGAUCAAGACAAAUGACAGAAACAACUAAAAAGAAAACACACACCCACACACCUAAAUAGUCGAAUAUAUAUAUCAUUGCCAAGCGGCUCGAAGUGCAGGCCCCAUAAAUAAUACCUAUGUACAUACGUAUUAUCUGGGCAUGAUGGUAUCUUAAGGUUUGAGUACAGUGCCGCCAGGAAUCGAUGACACCACCAAUCCGUACAGUGCCCACCAAAGUCAACACUCGCCGCAGAGCUUCGUGUUAUCCUUGUUUGUUCUCAUUUUGGAUUUUCCGCUGGCGUUAUUUACCCACAAUAUAUAUAGAUAUAUAUAUAUGUAUAUACGAGUUAGCCCCGAUCUAGAGAUCGGCUGGAAUAGCAAUAUUUAUAUAUGUACGCGUAUAUGUAUGUGAUGGAGGAUGAUCAUAGCUAUGAUAAUAAUGCAAAAGCCACAUGGUAACGAAAGAAAGAGGACAAAUGCUUAAAUACAAACAUCCCAACUGAAUGUUUCUAACUUUGUGCGACUAGAGCGCCACCUGGCGGUCGGGGAUCGCGUGUGAAAUUCGUAGGACUGCAAAUAGGCAUUAAAGAUUUGUAAUUGAUACCAAAAGUAAGGUAAAGAAAACAAACACUGAGAAAAUUCAAACAAAAAAAUAGAAAAAACCAAAUAAAAAUAAAAGAAAGAGAAGCAAACGUAAAUACUACUAUGGAUACUUGUUAAAUACAUUUUUUUGCGACUUGUGUCUGCUUUGACAAAUCGUUGCAACCAAAACUAGAACUAGAUUUAGAGAGACGGUUAUACAUUAAUUAUUAUUAAAAUGCCAUUUUUUUUUCUUUAAAUUAGUUUUCUGUUAUUCGUGAAGGACUCGUACGUCGCACACGAGUUAGAAAAAGACAGCAGGUGCAGGUGCCGUCUCGCUCGCAAACAAAAUACAAGAAUUUAAAAGUUUUUUAAUGACAUAUUUCCCGUUUUUGAAUUUCUUGCUAUGCUUCUCAAUUGUCUGAACCGAUAUACAAAACAUUUAUAUCUUUACCUAUUUAUAGGCGUACUACAGAACUUACCCACACAUAAAUAUAUAUUUAUAUAAUUUGUUAAGUUUAUAAAUUUUAUAAUUUUAUUACCAACUAUUUACAAUGAGCUAAACGGAAACCAGAGCAAAUCGAAAAGAAAAUCUCUAUCUAUACAUGUACCUACCACCUAAUAACAAAAGAAUUGUAUUAUGUAAACCGGAAAUUGACGAAAUAAAGUUUUUGAAACACA